AUGAAGCCUUUUUCUUGUCAUGAUUGUCAGCAAGAUUUCAAUGAUAUAUUUGAUUUUGAGAUGCACUGUGAAGCUCACCUAAAUGAAACUAAACCAUUUGUUUGUGAUGUAUGUCAUAAAGUAUUCAAGCAUAAAAGAUCAUUGACACUUCAUUCUUACAUUCACACAAGAGCCAAACCUCACUCCUGUUAUAUUUGUAAUCUUGGUUUUACCCAUAAAUAUAAGCUUGUUAACCAUUAUUUGAGCCAUUACAAAAAGAAGCCUAAAGAUUCUUCUUCGGUGAAGAAAAAGCAGCCAAUCAAAUCAAGAAAAAAGAAAUCAUCUAGUAAAUGUUUUUUCACUUGUGAUAUGUGUUUCAAAAUGUUUGAUAAUGAACGCGAUCUUCAGAGACAUUAUUCUGUUCAUUUCAAUGAGAAACCAUUCAAGUGUUCAAUAUGUGAAAAGGGAUUCAAUGAGAAAUGGAAACUUUCUAGACAUGCUGUUUACCAUAAAGGUAAGAGAUUUGUGUGUGGUGUAUGUAAUCGAAAAUUUAGCACCAAAAAUAACCUGGCAUCGCAUUUUGUUACUCAUACGAAAGAAAAACCAUAUAAAUGUCAAAUAUGCAAUAAAGCAUUUGGCCGGAAAAGUAAUCUUAAUGUACAUUAUGUCUCUCAUACAGAGGAAAGGCCUUAUGUCUGUAAGAUUUGUGAUAAAGGUUUCAAGCUUAAAGAUAAGUUAAAUGUGCACAUGCGUUCCCAUGAUAAAGAUAAGCCCUUUGGCAAGCCUUACAAAUGUGAAAUAUGUGACAAGGAUUUUCUUCAUAAAACUAAUCUUAGACUUCAUUAUUAUUUACACUCUGAUGAAAAGAAUUACAUUUGUGAAGUGUGCAAUAAAGGUUUUGCACAUACCUACUUUCUUCAAAAGCAUCGUCGUAAUCACAUUGAAGACAAACCAUUUGUUUGUACUAUUUGUAGUAAAGGCUUUAGCCAUCAGUCUAAGCUUAAAGUUCACUCUGUUACUCAUAUAACAGAAAAGACCUAUGCUUGUGAUAAAUGUGGCAAAACAUUUGCUUGUAAAUCAUAUCUUGCCACUCAUAAAGUUAUUCAUAAUGAAGAAAAACCAUUUUCUUGUGAUUUAUGUGACAAGAAAUUUGCUCGUGUGAGGUACCUUACACGACAUCAAAUGCUGCAUGCUGAACAAAAAAUGUAUACAUGCGAUGUAUGUAAUAAGUCUUUUGCCAUUCGACGAUAUCUAACAAAGCAUUUCCGCAUUCAUGAAAAGAAGAUACUUGUAUAA